AGAGUCCACGUGACCCGUGACAGCCAGUCGUCCAAUGAGAGUUGAGGAUGAUGCGACAUGCCAUCGCACUUCUCCGUCUGAUAGAAGCGUGCGGACGGUGUGGAGCGUAACGUGGGGCAAAAUAGCUGAGGUGUGGAAAUGGAUAGAAAAAAUGAAAAGAGUGAAGCCAAAGGCAAAGGAGGAAAUAAACAUUUUCAGUCCGACAAACCAGAGGGCUUUUUACAAGCAGAAAGAACACUGAAUUUCCAUCUCCUACCUAAGACUGUAAAGAGAAGAGUUUAUGCCCUGAAGAGGCUCCAGCUCCAGAGCGCCAACAUAGAGGCCAAGUUCUAUGAAGAAGUCCAUGAGCUCGAGAGGAAGUAUGCUGGCCUCUACCAGCCCAACUUUGACAAGAGACGGGAUAUUGUGGCUGGCGCUGUUGAACCCACAGAUGAGGAAUGCGAAUGGCAAAGUGACCGGGAGGAAGAGGAGCUUGCUGAAGAUUUGCAGAAAAAAGCUGCUCUGGAGGAGAAGCAGGCAGAUUCAGCCGGAGCCGAUGAUCCGAGAGGAGUCCCGGAGUUCUGGCUCACCAUCUUCAAACGUGUGGAUAUGCUGGCAGAAAUGCUGCAGGAGCAUGAUGAGCCGAUCCUGAAACACCUGCAGGACAUCACUGUGAAGUUUUCGGAGCCUGGACAGCCGAUGAGUUUCACGUUAGAGUUCUACUUCGAGCCCAACAGCUACUUCAGUAACACGGUCCUCACUAAAGUCUACAAGAUGAAAUCAGAGCCGGACGCAGAAGAUCCAUUCUCAUUCGAGGGCCCGGAGAUCAUAGACUGUGAAGGUUGUAAGAUUGACUGGCACAAAGGCAAAGACGUGACGGUCAGAAUUGUUAAGAAGAAGCAGAAACACAAAGGCAGAGGGACGGUUCGGACGGUCACCAAAGAGGUUCCUCAGGAAUCAUUCUUCAACUUCUUCAAUCCGGAGAAAGCGUCGCCUGAUGGAAUGGAUGUAGACUUGGACUUCACUCUAACUACAGAUUUUGAGAUCGGACACUUCUUCCGAGAGCGGGUCAUUCCCAGAGCGGUGCUUUAUUUCACUGGAGAGGCCUUAGAGGACGACGAGAGUUAUGAAGAGGAGGAUCUUGAAGAGGGAGAGGAGGAGGAUCUGGAUGACGAAGGUGAAGAAGAGGAUGAGGGAGAUUUUGAUCCCACGGCAUAAUUCAUUUCUCACUUCAUGCAUUUCUAGAAAGACCCUCCGCCUGCAGAGUGCAAACAGCAGUAAGACUGGUGAACAGAUAGCCACGGCACAACUCGGCUGUCCGUCAGACAAUUCGACGAUGUGGACGCAGGCCUCAUUUCCUCGUGGACUCGCCACACUAAUGCAAUAGGAAACCAAACGCUGUUUAGGAAAUGCAUGUUUGUUUGUUUGUUUAUUUCUCUACUGUUUACUUUUACAGAGAUGACCUCAGAUGACCUUCUCUUUCGCAAGUCGUGUAAUUUCACGCGCCAAAAAUUAACCCUCAAAAUGGAUAAUAUGUAUAAAGACGUAUGAUUUAUUUUAUUUUCUAUAUUCGAAACGUAGAGCUGGUGUGCAUGAGGGUCAAGAAAAGAUGCCACAUGUGUUUUGAAUUCUUAACGUCCAUAUGCAACCAUGGCCAUUUUUAUAACAUAGCAGGUUUUUGGACACUCCCCAGAUGAUAUGUGCUCCCAGGCAUCGUCCAGUGUAGCAUUACUCAGGGUUUCUUUUGCCAACAAAAUGAACCUGCUGUCUUCACGAAUCUGACAUAACUUAAAUUUCCGAUAUAGCUGUUACAAUGUAGUUACGAAAGUGUUUUGAUGUGGAUCGUCCUGCUCAAUGGUAGCCGAACGAUGUGGAUUGUGGUAAUAGAAUAUUUCUGAUUCGUCUCCAGGGUUGGGCGUCAUUGAAUUCCCCAUCCCUUCGUGACAUAACCCAUAUCCAUGCCAUGCACGUUGACAUGGGAUUUCAGUUGUAUUUUAUUUCACUGUGUGGUUAUGUGUCAAGUUGCUUGCAUUCAUGCACAGAAUUGCAUCAGUAUUGGGAAUGUUAACGAGCAGAUCUAAAAGCCAUUGCAGGUUUACUCUCCGUUUAAACUGUGUGAGAGCCGUAGCCUUAUCUGGAACUUCUUUUGGUUUGUAAUGCAGCAUUGUUUCCAUUUUGUACAAAAUAGACAAAAAGAUUCUAUUAAAUGUUGUGCGACAUGA